CAAACCAUUGGAAGUUGAACGCGACAAUCCAAGAGUUAAAAAUAUCAUAGUAGGAUCUUUUAUUGGAGGAUUGAGUCAUUUAGCACCAUUGCUAGAAAUAUCUAAAAUUUUAGUUGAACGUGGUUAUAAUGUUACAUUGAUUUCUCCUGAAAAUAAUCAUUAUACUAAAUAUGAAAAGAUUAAACACUAUUCUACAGGACCAAAAUUUGAUUUCAAAGAUAUUGCUGGUUGGAAAAAAAUAAUGUAUGAAGAUCCACCCUCUAUAAUGAGCUUUUUCCCCAGUUAUUUUGAACAUGCAUAUAGUCUUUAUUUAAACAGUUAUUAUGUUUACGAAAGAGUGUUCAAUGAGUUGAAACCAGAUUUGUUCUUGUGUGAUUUGAUACACAAUGAAGUGUGUUUAGAU